UUGAUUGCGCAAAAACUUGUGUCUAACCCAGACAGGUGAAACGUUUCUAGUGAAGGUAAAACUAAAGUCUCAAAAGGAAGACAAUGACCGCUGUGUCAAGAGUAACGCUUAUCUGUCUUCACUAUGUUUUUUGUGACGGUUUUUAAAAACUCAUCAAUGGUGUUUCCUAAGGUUACAGCCUAGUUUACCCUGGAUAUCAUAAAUAAACAGUUUUCAGGGCAGGUAAAUUAUAAACGUUUUUUAUAGCAAAUACCUUUAUUACAAUGUUGAUAAAAAUGAUUAUUUUUUUUUUAAUGGAAACGAGGCGUCCAGAUUUCAUCAUAUCCUUGAAAGGAUAAAAUAGCCUCUGAUGAUAGAUCUAAAAUGAUUGUCUCUUUCAUUACUGCCUUUAGAAGCUGUGAUUAAUAAUCCCAUUUACUGACACCAUUUUCAAUUUACACUUUAAAUUAAGGGCCUCUUAUACGGCGAUGUAAUAUGUACAAGACUUUACGUAUGGGUGACAAGCCUUUUCUCGUUUUAAUUUUAUGUCCUUCAAAUGAAAAGACGGACUGACGUGGAGCCUUGUAUCUAAUAACUUCUUUGUUAUUGAGUGGUCUAUAGGCCUAGUGACUAGAGGAGGUUUUUGGCAAAUAAACAGCAUUCGGCCUUGAAGCUCUUAAACAGUCAAGACAAUACGAUAGUACGGGUGCUGUGUCAUAAUCAAGAGUUUGAAUGAAGCAGAGAAAAUUGGAUCGUCUCUGAUUGUUGACGUACUAGUUUCAGGGGACCUUUGGUAAUGUCCUGCCGACAGGAGUCUCUUGCGUGGUCUUCAGGAGUUUAGGAGAGCUUCACUGAAAUGAUAUUUCUAGAGUCUUUUUGGAAGUACUUGGUGUUUCAAUUUCUGAAAAUUUCGAGUUGACUGCUACAUUCAGUCUGGUGCUCUGUUCGUGAGUAAAUAUUUGUACAUUCGUAAUGCACAUUUGAAUGUAAGGCAAAAACCAAAUUGAAGAUUUUAUUAUUAAGGAUCAAGUUUCACAAGUUGAUUUGUUUAUUUCUUAUGCACUGCAUUAACAUAAUACCCUGUAACUGAAAACAGCCUUGGUCUUUAAAAUGUUUGGCUUUUUUACAAAAGCCGUCGUCAGAGCAUCAUUUCAAUGACAUGUGAAUAAUAUAUUGCGGAACACGAGUGGUUGGGAAACACUCAGGGCUGCUCGUGCCAUUGACGUUGAUAUUUGAAUUUCAAACACAUAAUCACUACAUAUAGCAAGCAUAUCUAUCAUAGCUGCAGCAUGGCCUAUACUGAAGACGUUGCAUUACAGAGAGUACGGAUUCCGCGUGUUGAGUCUAUUAUCUUCGGCACCUCACUGUGUUUGCUUGCUCUUUUGACCCUUUUCGGAAACAGCCUGGUCUGUAUCGUUCUCUGGCGCUUCCGAAAUCUACGUUCCCUCACAAAUUACUUCGUCUGCAGCUUAGCUGUGGCAGACCUCUUAGUUCCGUUGCUAAGGGUAAUCUACCUCGCCAUGACCACACUGACAGGUGAUUGGCUGUUUGGAACCACGUGGUGCAAGGUCUCGUCCAUUUGUGGGAUUCUGUUGUGUGGUUCGUCGAUUCUUCAUUUGAGUGUUAUCAGUAUUGAGAGGCUGGUCGCCAUCAAGUGGCCGCUCCAUUAUGAACGUAUCGUCACCAUCAACCGUGUGGUCGCUAUACUCACUUAUAUUUGGGUGCAAUCCUUCGUGUUGGCCUUGAUUCCCGUGUUACCAGUGCACAUAGCUGACCAGACAUUCAGCCCACAUCUUGGAGAAUGCGAGAUCAACUGGGGCAAGAAUCCGAUCCUCAUGAUACUCUUAGUCGUGUUCUAUUUUUUCCUCCCGGUAACGAUCAUGGUAGCAGCUUACGCCUGUAUUUUCCAAGAAGUCCGCAAAAGCACAAGACGGAUCAAAACCCUCUCUACCUCGGCCGCCUCCUCUCCUUUCAGAAAAGACCUGAAGGCAGUCAAGACGUUGGGCGUUGUUAUUGGCGUCUUCUUUAUUAUGUGGCUUCCUUACUUUGUGACAACAACGAUCCGGGCUUUCCGCGGUCAAGAUUCCGUUCCGUAUUGGUGGCAGCGUCUGGGUUUGGUUUUAGCAUACGGGAACUCGUGUUGCAACUUUGUCAUUUACGCUUUAAUGAAUCAGAACUUCCGUGUCGCGUUUUUGCAAGUGCUGUGCAACGUCAGAGAGCGAAGGCUGGCCGUGGAUCGUGAUAUUUGCUUGGAAGCCACUGCUGUGCGCAUGCGUGUUCGAGAACAGCGACGUGGAAUAUCCUCUCGUAACGGAAGUGCGAGAGACAGGAACUUGUCCCCAGUCUCGCGCACCCAUGAUGCAGGAAGCCCAAGUGUAAGAGACAGGAACUCGCCCCAAGCCUCGCACAUGCAUGUAACACAAAACCUAUGGAGCUUGCGACCUGGAGUCUCUUCCGCUCGCACAUCUCAGACUGAGGAAAGCUUCUAGAAUUGCAUCAGCUCUUUAGCAGCAAAUGUGCUUAGUUUCCGCAUAAAUGUCUAGAUAGUUCGGUUUCACAGGUUUAAACUUUCAGAAUUUUCUUAUAUUGACAAUCGCACUUACCAUAUUUGGAAACUUGACAUUUAUACGUCCCUUGUAGAAACAGGUGGAUAAUGUUUAAUUCUUGCAAAUUGCUUAGGAGAACAGGAACACUUGUCCAGGGAGCUUAGAGACGAGUUCUGAAACAGGAACCUCGGUACUACCUUAUUGCACUUUAAUUUUCGCGAAGUCAAAAUUUCACUUAAUUAAGUCAAAAUUUCGCGAUUUUGAGAUGGCGAUAUUUCGACACUUUGUUUUCGCGAUUUUCCUAUUUUCGUAAAAACCAGAUCACAUUUUUUGAUUUUGGGAUUUUGGGUUUUAUAAAAAUCUAUAAAUACAAGUCCAACUCAACCCCUUACCGUACUAUGACUAAAUAAACAAGGUGUUUCCAUAAAGCUUAUUAAACGGCCAAUAUCCCCCAAAGGCUUUUUGUGUACUCACUUAAUUUUCGCGCAUCACGAUUUUCACGUCAGUUUAUUUUCGAGAAUCUUUUAAAAUCGCGAAAUCCGUGAAAUUAAAGUGAAGCGAAAAUUAAGUGUAAUAAGGACUAUAUAAAAAGUCGACAUCAAUAUCUUUAACAUUUAAAUUUUAAAUUAAAAUAUAAAAUAGUUGAACAUUUUCCCAUGCACAUUUUUCACACGUGCAGAUUGUCUUCAAACAGUGCGAGCUCGAAGAAUUGUUCUUAGGUAGGUUUAGGCUUGAAAUCUAUUUUUAAAGAAAGUAGUGAUUUAAAAAAAAAUUAUUAUACUUAAAGAAACGCAUGACUAUG